CCCCACUUCACACUCCCAGCAAACCCUAGCCUCCUGUUCCCUCCUUCUCCACAAAAGCCCCACCGGCAACACUCUCUCUCUCUCUCUUUCUCUCUCUGGAGCCAUGGGUCGCGUCCGCACCAAGACCGUGAAGAAAUCCUCCCGCCAGGUGAUCGAGCGCUAUUACUCCAAGAUGACCCUCGACUUCCACACCAACAAGAAGAUCCUCGAGGAGGUGGCCAUCAUCCCGUCCAAGCGCCUCCGCAACAAGAUCGCGGGGUUCUCGACCCACCUUAUGAAACGCAUCCAGAAGGGCCCCGUCCGAGGCAUCUCGCUCAAGCUCCAGGAGGAGGAGCGCGAGCGCCGCAUGGACUUCGUGCCCGACCAGUCGGCCAUCAACGUCGACCGCAUCGAGGUCGAUAAGGAGACCAUUGACUUGCUCGCGUCGCUCGGGAUGACCGAGAUGCCCGGCGUGGUGCUCAAGGAGGAUAUUGGGGUUUCUGCGCCGGUGGUGCCGCCGUACGGUGGCGGGCGCGGCGGUGGGUUCGGCGGUGGUGCCGGUGGGAGGAGGUACUGAUGAGGGUUCGUGGUAAGGGGUUUUGGUUAGUUUUUUAUUUUGUUAUGAGUUAUUGGUACUGGUUAUUUGCAGACUAUAUUGUGCUUUAGUUUAAUGAUUUUGGCGCAAUUCGAUGUUGAAACUCUGUUGGGUACUUUAAUUGCGAACUUUGUUCGGUACACUUAAUUUUGUCGUAAUAAUGCUGUUUUCAUA